AUCUCUUGUAUGUGUAAUAAUCGGUUUUGAGUGUCAACGCGAAUGCAACUUGUUUUUCUGCUUAUCUUCCAAGUUACAUCUGUCUUUGUGUUGCUCAUAAUCGUUAUUCAUUAUAUUUACUACAUAAUAAAUGCUGUUGCCGGCGGUACACAUAACUACACUGGCUCAAACGGAACAUAUGCCAGCACCAUUACCACAAUAAAUCCAUAUAUAACGCAAACCAUCAGAACAACAAAACAGUGCAACAUAGUAAAAGUUCCAUUGUUGAUUCUAAAAACCAAAACUUAUUUAAGAGCGAGAAAAAUGCAAUCAAAUGAUGAUGCAAAAUUUAUUAAGAAACGUUGGAAGGGCGGUUGUAUUGAACCACAUCCCACGGAUAAAGCCUUGAUUGUUAACUACCAGUUGGAAGCGACCGUGUUUGGAGAGCCCAACAAUCCGAUGAUUGAGGAAAAAAAGCAUUGCCAGAAAAUCAUACGUCUGCGCUCUCUAAACGCCCAGACAGAUUCCGCAUGUCUGGCCCGCGAAGUGGUGGAUAAAUGUGAUCUUAUACAUAAGUCACAGUUAAACGACGUUGAACAAAUAAUAUUUUAUUUAAAGACUCGUAAAGAUAAUUCAAGUAAUGAUUCUACCGACAAAACGUAUACAAAUAGUCUAAGAUCGGCGGCAGUGUCCAAUUCACAAUUGCGGUCUUCUGCCCGAAAACACACUAAUGUGACGGUGAUGUCCAGUAGCAACUUGGGGUCGGGAUGUAGUGGAGUCACAACACUGGCAUCGCCAACAGCAGAUGUAUGCAUUAGUAACCUUAACGAUUAUGUGGACCUCUUGUACGAGGAUCUGGCCGAGCGAGUACGUGGCUCAGCCAUGAUAUUGCAUAUUGCGCGCAAUGCCGACAAUCUCGAGGAAAUGGAAAAUAACGAAGCCUGCCUCAGCGCGCUCUCUCGCGUGCUGCGAGAGGAUUGGCGUAAAUGUUUGGAUCUCUCAACCAACAUCAUUUAUAUAUUUUUUUGUUUUUCUACUUAUACGAAGUUUCAUCCUCUUAUUGUACAUUACAAGAUAGGAUCGCUUUGCAUGGAUGUUAUCGACUACGAGCUGCGCCGAUACGAGACCAUGCGUAAUGAGUUGGACAUCCGCAAACAGCCCUAUGAUUCAACGCCGUUUUCAGCUAAAGCUAGCAAAGAGAAAUUAAAUCACAGUUCCGAUGAUUUUUUGGAUAUUAUGAACGAAGAAAGACCCAAAGACAUGGAACCACCACGUCGACGCAUACCAGAGUUGAAACAGCGGCCCAAAUCGGGCAAUUGGAGCAGCUUUCACGGAACCAUGUCUUCAUCAUUAAUUAAAAGUCAAAUACUUAACAGCAGUUAUAAUGAGGCACUCUCUGAAGGAGCCAAUUACAAUGCUCAUUCGAGUGGACUGGAUACCCCAAGUCUAGUUGAUUUAAAAGCACACAGCAAUGAGUCACUAGAUCACAGCGAUCCUAAAGUCAAAAAGGAGGAAAUUGAUCGACUUAACAAACAGCUUAAAAUUUUCGCCAAGAAACAGGAACAAUUGCUACGCGUUGCAUUCUAUUUACUGUUAAACAUGGCUGAGAAUGUUAAACUGGAAGAAAAAAUGCGUCGAAAAAAUAUUGUUAAGAUGCUUGUUAAAGCACUAGAUCGCCAGAACAUUGAUCUACUUUUGCUUGCUAGCACAUUUCUCAAGAAAUUAUCUAUUGUGGGCGACAACAAAGAUGCGAUGUGUGCCUUAAACAUUGUCUCGAAAUUACCUCGCCUUUUUCAAAAUGCCCAUACGGAUCUGGUGCAGGUCACACUCAGACUUGUCUUUAAUCUGUCAUUUGAUGGUGCGCUGCGUCGCAAAAUGAUUGCAGCUGGUUAUUUGCCUAUGCUGGUAAAAUUUAUCAACGAUGAAAAACAUCACGCCUUUGCCGUAAAAAUACUUUACCACAUGAGCCUUGAUGAUAAAGUUAAGGCAAUGUUUACUCAUACGGAGUGUGUGCAAAUGGCGACUGAUGCUAUAAUUCUGAAUCUUAACGUAAAUGUUGAUCCGGAUCUUAUGGCGCUGUGCAUUAAUCUGUCACUAAAUCGGCGCAACGCUCAUAUUAUGGUUGAAGGUCAGCGGUUGCACAGCUUAAUGGACCGUGCCUUUAAUUAUCAAGAUGCUUUAUUGAUGAAAUUGUUGCGCAAUAUAUCUCAGCACGAGUCCUUGCAGCUGCAGUUUAUUGACUAUGUGGGGGAUCUUGCUCGGAUUCUGACUAUCUGUGACGAUGAAGCUUUUAUUGUAGAGUGCUUGGGGAUACUCGGAAAUCUUGCGCUUACCGACAUUGAUUACUCGCAAAUACUUCAAAAUUUUCAGCUUUUACCGUGGAUUCGUCAGUUGUUAGUGCCUUGUGCACGUUUGGACGAUCUAGUACUCGACACUAUUGUCUAUCUGGGUACUUGCGCUUGUGAUGAACUUUGUGCGCUGCUUUUCUGUCGUGCUAAGGUCGUUCUUUCAUUAAUUGAGCUACUAAAAGCUAAGCAGGAAGAUGAUGAGAUUGUGCUACAAAUCAUUUACGUGUUUCAGCAAAUACUUCGACACGAGAGUACGCGUGAAUACAUGGUCAAGGAAACUGAAUCACCGGCUUAUCUCAUCGAUCUUAUGCAUGACAAAAACGAGGCAAUACGCAAAGUUUGCGAUUAUUGCCUGGACAUCAUAGCCGUUAGUAAUUCUGAGUGGGCUAAACGUAUCAAGCUGGAAAAAUUUCGAAAUCAUAACUCGCAAUGGCUCUGCAUGGUAGAGUUGCAGCAGGAUCGUGAUAACGAGCAGGAUGAUGAUAAUGAUCUAGACACUUAUUUACGAUCAGAAUACCUGGACAAUUGCGAUCUCUACAAUAGCUCAAACAUAAACGAGCACAACAACGACACAAAUAGCAACAAUAGUAAUAAUCCAGGCAGUCCAACUAUGUCCACUUAUAGCAGACCAGUCAGCACGUAUCGGCGCAGUCAAGAUCUUGAUGAACUGUAUAAUAUAACCUCCAGCUGUAAAUCGCAAUGCUGUAACCAGGGCGCCAAUAAUAUAUUCAUGUACAAUCAGCAGAACACAAUUGAAUUGAAUGAAGAGCCGAUAUAGACAACACAUUAAAUAAAUUACUUACUUACAACGCAAGAUCAACAAUUUCUAUUUUUAAAAGAGUCAUAUUUUAGUAUUUAUUUAUAUGUUUCUUAGUUUACACAUAAUUUACGCCUGACGAGGAUUUUAUCCUUAGUAAAAACAUCUUCACAGGCAUAUUUUUUUGUAUAUUGUAUAAAAUCUAAG